GUAGCAAUGGAGGCAUGCUCUGACUUUAGCCAGCAAGAACAGGCCUUGCCAGAGAAGCCCCAGAGAAGGAAAUGUUCAUGGUCCAUCCUGUCAGGCAUGAAGAGACUCUGUGUCUGUAGCCAAUCUGACACCUCGAUGGCAGACAGGGAUGAGGAGAGAACAAUUUCCUCACAAAGAAGGUGGAGGCACUUGUCCCGGAAGAAGAUAGCAGCUGAGAACCAGGUGGAGUCAGAGGAGGUGAAGCUGCAGGAGGAUACAGGGAAAGUUGAACUGGAUCCUACAGGGACGAAGAAGGAGGCGCAGUCGCAGGGAAGUGGGAAAAAGGCCCAGAAGAGCAGGAAGAAGGAAGAGCGCACUCCCACCCCCUCAUUACCAAGCAGCUCCCAUAUGACCAUGACCCCCGGGGAGCAGCUUCCCUCAGCCCAGCUCCAAGCCCUGCUAAUGAGAGCCGUGAAGGGUCUGACGACACCCACCCUGGAGCGAUUUCAAGCCGCCGAGGAAGAGCUGAGGACCAUCGUGUCUCUACACGGAGACAAGAUGGAGAGAGUUGGAGACGUCGUGGGACGACGUGGUUCUGAGCUGUGGCACACGCUGUCCUCGGACAGAUGUGCCAUUGAGCUGUGGAAGGCCCUGGGGGAAGAACCACAGCUCCCCAGGGAGGUGCUGCAGCAGCUGCUGGACAAGCUCCAGCAGAGACACCGGGAGGAGAAGAGCGGCAAUGUGUCUCUGGCUGCAAUGAGGACCAUUUACGAGGUCCUUUUCCUAUGGGGAUACCGAGAAGCCAUCCUGGAAAUGUAUCCCCAGAUGCUCAUCCUCUGCGUCAGGCAAGUGCAGUAUGUGAUGGAUCUGCACUUGCCAGGGACCUACAUGGCCAGCACGACAUCCAGCCCCGAGGAGGAUCCAGCUGCCUCAACCCCUAAGGUAAUGACUGAAAGGAAAGGAAGAACAGAUGUGCUCUGCUAA